AUGCUCUCACGACUCGCACUUGCAGGCACUCGGCGAACCCAUUCAUCGCGACAUUGCUCAUUACUCUUGUCUCAAAGCAACAGCAGCAUCGGGUCAACAAGCAGGCGGUGUUACUCAAGCAUGAACCAUCAUCAUCAUCACAAUACCAAGAAGCAUGAGUCAUUCAGUAUAUCCAAAGCGCUCCAAAGGUUUUUUGACAAGACAUCAUCAUCAUCCAAUGGAGGAGGAGGAGGAUCCACAAGCAAACAGGGUGGUGGUAGUGGAGGAAAUCAUCAUCAUCAUCCGCAACAACCCCAAAUGAAUGUUGCCGUGGUAAUGGUAUCCGCAGCGACCACCUAUGCUCUAUGGAAUUGGAUUGUGUCACCUGAACAAGGUGCUCGGGAAAUUACAUGGCAAACGUUUCGAAGCUCUUUAUUGGAAAAAGGUGUUGUGGAUAGCGUGAAUGUGAUCAACCAUACUCAGGCACGCGUCCAUUUACGGCCUGAAGCAGUAACGCUAGGUGUUCAUCCACAACAAAUCUAUUCAUUCAACAUUGGCUCGGUGGAAAGUUUUGAACGGCAUAUGGAGGAGGCACAAAAGGAACUUGGGAUCCCUGGUUCAGAACAUAUUCCUGUCGCCUAUCGUAGUGAAGUGGGUAUUGUCAACAUGCUAUUCCACUUUACACCCACACUUUUGAUCAUUGGUGCACUCUAUUACAUGGCGAAACGGGGUCCAGGUGGUGGCACUAGUGGUGGUGGUGGAGUCUUUGGCAUUGGCAAGAGUCGUGCAAAAUUGUUCAACCAAGAGCAAAAGGUCAAGAUCAAAUUCAAAGACGUGGCAGGAGCUGACGAAGCCAAGGAGGAGAUCAUGGAGUUCGUGAAGUUCUUAAAGAACCCUGGUGCUUAUGAACGUCUUGGUGCAACGAUUCCGAAAGGCGCUAUUCUCUCUGGUCCUCCAGGUACAGGAAAGACCCUCUUAGCCAAGGCAACAGCAGGUGAAGCAGGUGUCCCCUUUUUGAGCGUAUCAGGAUCUGAAUUUGUGGAAAUGUUUGUUGGCGUGGGUCCUUCCCGUGUACGUGACAUGUUUGCAACAGCCAAAAAGAAUGCACCUUGUAUUAUCUUUGUGGAUGAAAUCGAUGCUAUUGGCAAGGCACGUGGAAAAGGGGGUCAAUUGGGCGGCAAUGAUGAACGCGAGAGCACGCUCAACCAGCUACUUGUUGAAAUGGAUGGCUUUGAUUCGAAUGAACAUGUUGUGGUAUUGGCUGGCACCAACCGACCCGAUGUAUUGGAUCCAGCAUUAUUACGACCAGGUCGCUUUGACAGACACAUUGCUAUUGAUCGGCCUGAUAUUGAAGGACGUGUGGCGAUAUUCAAGGUGCAUUUGAAACCGAUAAAGACGACUGAAGACGUGGAUCAACUUGCUCGUAAAUUAGCUGCUCUUACACCUGGUUUCUCUGGUGCUGAUGCACGUAACGUAUGCAACGAAGCAGCCCUUAUUGCUGCACGACACCACAAGGAUCAAGUGACCCAAGUUGACUUUGAACAAGCCAUUGAGAGGGUGAUUGCUGGUUUGGAAAAGAAAUCACGUGUCUUGUCACCUGAGGAGAAGAAAACGGUUGCUUAUCACGAAGCUGGACAUGCUGUUUGUGGAUGGUACCUCCAACAUGCCGAUCCAUUACUCAAAGUAUCCAUUAUCCCUCGUGGUGUGGCUGCUCUUGGUUAUGCACAAUAUUUGCCAAAGGAUCAAUACCUCUUUAGCGAAAAGCAAUUGCUUGAUCGCAUGUGUAUGACACUUGGCGGUCGUGUCUCCGAGCAGAUUUUUUUCGAUACUAUCACAACCGGUGCACAUGAUGAUUUGCAAAAGGUUACCAAGAUGGCAUAUGCACAAGUGUCUACGUAUGGCAUGAACCCCACUAUUGGACCACUUUCAUUCACUGAUCCACAAGGAGGAGACCAACAAUUCCAGAAACCCUUUUCAGAACAAACCGGUGCUCUCAUUGACAGCGAAGCCCGUACGCUUAUCAAUAAUGCUUACACUCGUACAUUUGAGCUGUUGACCAAACAUAAGGCGGAUGUGGAAAAGGUAGCAAGGUUGUUAUUGGACAAGGAAGUCAUUACACGAGAGGAUAUGGAGCAAUUGUUGGGAGAACGUCCUUUUGUUGAAACAACCGUGUAUGAUGAAUACGUACGUCCUAAGAAAUCACCUACUACUUUGUUCCCUGAUUCUUCUACCUCUUCUUCAGAACAACCCAAUACCCUUUAA